AUAUAGUGCCAGACAAAUGGCACAAAGUGCUGGGCCCACCUCGUCCAUUCCGUCAGCCACAUAUCAAUAUGAGCAGCUUUGGGCAGAUCCUGAAAGAAGUUGGGGAGUUUGGUUUGUUUCAGAAGGGGUUUUUGGCUGCAUUAUGCAUCCCCGGCUUGUUUGCUGGUUUCAACCUGAUGGUCCAGGUGUUUGCAGGGAUGACCUUCCCACACCACUGCAACACUGACUGGAUCUUGGAGCAUGGGCCCAACCUGACAGAAGAAAGACAAAGAAAUCUCACCAUUCCAGUGAACAAGGAUGGAAAGUAUGACAGCUGUAAAAUGUUCACACCUGUGGAUUUGGAUUUGGAAACCAUUGAAACAUAUGGGAUUAACAGUACAACUGGAUGUAUACAUGGAUGGGUCUAUGAGGCACCCAUAGGUGCUUCCAGCAUUGUAACAGAGUUUGAUCUUGUCUGUGACAACAGUGGUUGGACUGAGAUAUUGCAGUCCAUCUUCAUGGCAGGGAUUCUGGUUGGAGCAUUGGUGUCUGGGGCAAUUUCCGAUAGGUUCGGUCGACGCACUUCAAUUCUGCUUUCACUUCUUCUACUGCUGGUAUUUGGUGUGGGUGAUGCUUUCUCACCCAACAUCUAUGUUUAUAUGGUUACCAAAUUUAUCCUUGGUUUUCCAGCUACCAUUGUGAUACAAACAGCUGUGAUGGGUAGGAUCUGCUUUUUCCAUAGUUUUAUUAUUGUAAUUAUUAGUGGNNNNGCAUAUUUAAUCCACAACUGGAGGAUCCUGAAGUUGGUGCUCUUCAGCCCUCUUGUCCUUGUUCUUGGAAUGUUUUACUGGUUUCUCCCAGAGUCACCUCGCUGGCUCAUGACCCAGGGCAGGAAGGAGGAGGCACAAAAGGAGCUUUGGAGGGCAGCCAGAGUGAAUGGGAGGACGGUCCCAGAAGAUCAGCUGGACAAGCUAGAGAUGGAGGGGACAUCCGAAAAAAGGAACAUGUUGGACAUCUUCCGAAUAUCGUAUUUGAGAAAACGUACCUUCUUAAUGGGCUAUAACUGGUUUGCAUCAAGUAUGCUAUACUAUGGACUGAGCCUGAACAUUGGCAGCUUUGGCCUGAAUAUCUACCUCACACAGUUCAUCUUUGGCAUUGUUGAAAUUCCUGCAAACCUGGGCAGUUGGGCUCUAAUUCAGCACUUUGGAAGGAGAAUAUGUCAAGGAUGCUUCCUGUUCUUUGGAGGUGCUGCUUGCCUCCUGGUCCUUGCAGUCCCAAAUG